ACGUAAAAUGCAGGGAACGAUAAGAGGUGGGAAGUGAAGUUUAGGAAACUGCAGCGCUCUUGUCGCCAUGUUGGCUCUAUUUUGUAUAGUUCAGUCUACAAGAGUGUAUCAGUGUAAGAGCCAAAAUGGAACCAGCUUCACAGCAUUUUCUAUCGUGUUUUGAAUACACCACAACACUGUAAAAACAAACUACUGUAAGUUAUAAACUUGGUGUUUUUAAUUUGUUUGGUUUAAAAUUAUUACUGAGCGUGAUGAAGUCAACAGAUACAUUGUUUUAGAUAGACAGAACAGAUAACGACUCUUUGUACGAAACGACAAACUGUAACUUAAUAAUUAUUACAUUACAGUAGCUUGUUAGAAAUCUCACCCAUUUAAUGUUUACAGUAACUUGGGUUACAUAAGGUUUAUGUAUAAUAUAUUUGUUUCAUUCUACACUGCGUAAACCACAGUCAGGCAAAUCAUUUCUCGACUUAACUCUGUAACAGCAGUCAUUGCAACUUUACAGGCAGCUAACCUAAAGUCACAGAAUUACAGGACCAGACAGAAACGACACUGCUCGUCAGAGGACAAAUUCCAGGUCACAGAAACAAGCGCUCAAACGUAAAGUCACUCGCAUUUGUUUUUGUUUUGUGUUGUUUUUAAGACACAAAAAAAACACAAAAACACCAAUGUCCGCCUCAAAAAUAUUGGUCGAACUUUUCUACGACGUGGUAUCGCCGUAUUCUUGGAUCGGAUUUGAGGUGUUGAGUCGCUACAGAAACGUCUGGGACAUAGAUCUGAAACUGAGACCUGCCUUCUUAGGGGGAGUGAUGCAUGGAUCUGGUAACAAGCCCCCAGGAUUGGUCCCCAAUAAGUCCCUGUACAUGACGAAGGACCUGGAGAGACUCGCCUCCUACUGCAAAGUGCCGAUCCAGGCUCCCAGCAACCCCUUCGAAGCCAUGUUUGAGAAAGGAAGCUUGUCUGCCAUGCGGUUUGUGACGGCGGUGGAGCUGCACAGCCCUGAGCUCACAGAGCAGGUCUCCAGGGAGCUGUGGAGGAGAAUCUGGAGCAAAGACCAAGACAUCACCACCCCGGAGUCCCUGCAAGAGGCUGGAGAGAAGGCGGGGCUUCCAGCAGAUCAGCUGCAGAGGCUUUUGGGAUUGGCUGUCUCACAGGAAGUGAAAGAAAAGCUGAAACUGGUGACCCAGGAAGCACUAAACCACAAGGCGUUUGGGUUUCCUCUGAUAGUCGCACACGUCGAUGGCAGACCUGAAAUCUUCUUUGGAUCUGACCGCUUUGAGCUUCUGGCACACUUACUGGGAGAGAAAUGGCUUGGGCCGGUACCUCAAGAAACAGGAUCAAAACUUUAAACGCAGUUAAAGGACAGAUUCUUACCAGCUUACACCUGUCAGGUGAACACAAAACCCCGGCAAGGCACUUCUGUACAGAGCAAGAAUAGUGGGUCACAAUAUCUCUCUCUCUCUAUGUGUUUCUCUUUUUAAUAAAGAAACUGUGAAUAAAGUAUGAAA